UUUGCAAGAUUAUUAUUAUUUUUUCUUCCAAAUUCGUUUAUGGGAAUAUUCAUUAGCUACUACUAAAAACAUUCAUACCAUGCAUUCAGAGCGGUUUAUAUCAGAAAUUGUUUGCUUUGCGCUUUCCACUUCCUUUCACCAUGCACAGUGAAAAAUCGACAAGAAGCUUAUAUGUUUUCUUAUCAUGUGCUACCAUUAUUCGUAAACAUAAAUUGUAUGGUAUACAUAGGUUAUACAUGUAUCAUGUUAAAGAGGACGCAUGCGUAUGCCUCCCACUUUGCACUUACAUAAUAAACUCAAACCUCUUUGUAUAAUUAUUACAACACUUUUCAGCCAAAUUUGAAUAGCAUUAGCUAGCCACUCGGAUGUCACAGUUUUGAAAUGAUUGAUUACCCCCAAAGAAAGUAUUUUAGAUGCAUUUUGAAUAGGCCUGUGUGCUUUUUGCCUACCUCUCAUUUCAGGUUUAAGCAUGUUUCAGGCGUGGCAAGGUAUAAGGUCACUCACCAACUCAAUUCAACGGUAUCCAGUGCAAAGACUAGUGUGUGUAAAGGCCACCACCAUUAGACCGUGCUCAGGUAAGACAUCCAAGUAACACCACUUCCACUUUCAUCGAGUUUAAUAUGUUGAUCACCAGAAUCGAUCUAAUCCAAUCAAUAGAAAAACAGACAAUAGACAUGUAUCUUUUCAGCAAAUGUCAGUUUUCUAUUUAGAGACCCAGGUCAAUCAUUAUUUUAGGAAGUUGAUUCCAUCACCUGGCUGUAUGUGAAUAUGUAACCCAUUACCUAAUUCCAGCUACAGUAGUAUCUCUCAGUAGUAUGUCUCACAUUGACUCAGUAUAUAAAUCUGUCUGGCCAGUGUCACUACAGUAGCCUGAUAUCAAACCUCAUCCAUUCUAAGGCUAAGCAUUUGGAGGAGGCGUUUGGUCAAUGAGAUUAGCCUACAUCUGACACCCAUUGACAAAAUAACCAAUAUAGCACACCCUCUAGUAGACAGCAGUGAGGUGAGAGGCAACAGUAGCUGAGCCAGGUCAGUAGAGAUGUCUAAGUGUCAGUCUGUUAUGAGUUCUAGUGCGCUAAGGGCUCUGAUCCGUAAGAAAAACCAUGGCAUAGAGAACACUUCUGGACUUGCUGCAGGCUACCAGCAGGCUAAUGUGGUGAUCCUCCAUAAGAGCCUAGCAGAUGACUUCGAGGCAUUCUGCCAUGCCAACCCCAGCCCCCUGCCCCUGCUGUACAGGAGUCAGCCUGGGGAGUGGGGCUGUCCACCUCUCGCUGCAGACGCAGACAUCAGAGUGGACUGUCCCCAGUACUGUGUGUUUAAGGAUGGCCUGCUGGUAUCCAGAGUGUCCAGCCUGAUGUCCUACAGCGGUCAGCUCCAGGACAUGGUCAGCUUCUACCUGGGCUGUAGCUUCAGCUUUGAGAGGACACUGCAGAAGGCCGGAGUCCCUGUCCGAAAUGUGGAGCAGAACUGUAAUGUCAGCAUGUUCAGGACAUCUCUCCAGUGUAGAGGAGUGGGUCAGUUCCAGUGCCCUAUGGUGGUGACUAUGAGACCGGUACCUGAGGAGAAGCUGGACCUUGUGGCCCAGAUCACUCACCUGACCCCUCUGGCCCAUGGAGGACCCAUCCACAUCGGGGACCCAGCUGUGCUGGGGAUCCAGGACGUAUCCAGGCCGGAGUAUGGGGACCCGGUGGCCCUUGGCCCAGGAGAUGUACCUGCGUUCUGGGCCUGUGGGGUCACUGGUGUGGAGGCUGUCCAGAGUUGCAAGCCCCCACUGGCAUUCACCCACUCUCCAGGCUGCAUGUUCCUCACUGAUCGACAGGACUCAUCCGUCUUUGCGUCCACAUCCACCCCUGAGCCUGACCAAUGCCCUCUGACUUUCUCCAUCUCCCAGCAGCCUUUGCACUUCAGUGUGGCGUCCAAGGCUGUAGUCCAGAGCAUACGAGACCUGGAGAAGAUCAUUGGCGAGGACCCAGGGGAGAGAGGUAUCCGUGCAUUGUUUGUCCAGGAUGAGUUGCUGAGGUCUUGCCUGUCCCUCUCCCACUCUUCAUCUGUGCUCAUCACUACGGGGUUCCCCACCCACUACACACACAACCCCCCUGAGGAGACAGACGGGCCCCCCGGAGCCAUCGCCAUAGCAGCCACCCUCCAGGCCCUCCAGAAGGAGGUUGCUAUAGUGACGGAUCACCGUGCCCUGGAGAUGAAUCAGAGGAUUAUGGAGGAUGCAGUAAAGAAAGGUGUGAUAAAGACAGCCGUACCACUGCUCAGUUACCAAGGCAACAGCCCAGACUCAGCACUGUACUUCCUGUGUCAUAACGGAGACCAUAAAAAGCCCAGGUUUGACCACUUGGUGGCAAUAGAGCGCAGUGGCAGAGCAUCUGAUGGGAACUACUACAAUAUGAGAGGAGUGAACAUCAAACACCUGGUGGACCCUAUAGAUGAUCUAUUCACCACAGCCAGCACCAUCCCUGGCAUCAGCACCACAGGGAUAGGAGAUGGCGGGAACGAGCUGGGCAUGGGCAAGGUGAAGGAGGCAGUGAGAGAACACAUGCCCAAUGGGAGCCUGAUAGCCUGUGACGUGGCUGCUGACUUUGCCAUCACUGCAGGAGUGUCUAACUGGGGAGGCUACGGCAUGGCCUGUGCUCUAUACAUCCUCAGUCUCUGUCCCAUCCACCAGCGGUACCUCCACAAAGGCCUGGGCCAGCCUCACCCACCUACCCAGGACCAGCACCAGGCCUGGGCUGCUAGCCUGCCCUCUGUAGCCAAGGAGGAGGAGAUGCUGUCCAUCCUGGUACAACAUGGUGUCCGCAGCGGAAAGACAGGAACCCUGGGCAUGGAGGUGGACGGCCUGACCUUUCACCCCACACACUCUGACCUCAUCAUAAAGCUCAGGGACCGCACCUCACAGAGAAAGUGAAACUACACCUUACAAACUACCACCUAUGCAAAGUAGUGAACACACCACCAAUCCACGCAGAGUAGUGAAAAUAGCAUGCCGUUGCUGUCAUUCGCAUCCCCUCCUCCUCCCUAUCCACCACACCACCUCCCCCAACGAUUGGAGAUGGUCUUUGGUCUGUGACCAGGGGGAAGCACCACCCGAGCCAAAAGCUACUACACUGCAAAACCCUACACUAUCUCACAUCAUUAAUCAUCUGAUUGCAUGGAACCUGAUCACGAUAUUACAGUACAUGGCAGUCUUCCUAAAGGCUUGAGUUUGAUGCUGUCAUGUUUGGAUCAAACCAAGAAAUGAGGUGUGGAGUUGGAGGAGUUGUGAAUUGCCUGCAGCUGUAUAUUUAAUUGCUCCCGAACGUUUAUUACGAACUUCAUAAAUUAAUAACUUUUAUCCUUUUUUAGCUCAGUCGGUAGAGCAUGGCGCUUGUACUGCCAGGGUAGGGGGUUCGAUUCCCGGGCCCACCCAUACAUAAAAUGUAUGUAUGCAUUGGAUAAAAGUGUCUGCUAUGUUGCAUAUAAUAUUACAAGCUAAAGCCUGAUAUCAGACAACGCCAUAAACCAAGUUGAUUUUAUAGCUUUGUGAUCUUAAUUCUAUUAUAAACAAGGCACUAGAUUAGAACUAUAUACAACUGUUUUUUGUGAUAUAGACCAUGAAUACCACAAUUCCCAACCUCUCAAAUAUCUUGUGUUGUAAAGUGUUGUUUUUUUUUGUUAGUAAAAUCAUCGUGUUGAUUAGUAGGACCAAAUUAAUAUAACCAAAUAGAGAAUCAGUCACGCACGCACAAUGGACAGACACGCACGCACAGAUCCGAAGGCAGACUGCUCUCAGGGACAGUUGACUGCCUUUGUGGCACACUGCCAACUGUGCUAUUCUACUAACACUUCGUCUCCAGCUUCCAUAUAAAAGUCAGAGGGGUCUAUGUGUUUUACACACCAGAAAUACUGACUUGGUAACUUUUUGUCUUCCUUAGCUAUGAGUUGGUGAGCAAAACACUUGCUAAGAGCAGAGUACCACUGAAACCUGUGUUCUAAAAACCCUCUGUAAUUAUUCAGAGAUAUUGUUUAAAGUUACUCAACACACACUGUCUUACUAAUAUUAAUGGUGUUAAUGACAUUUGUAUUCAAAAUCAGUCACUUGUGAUUAUUUUAAUACACUACAUAAACUGUUACAUCAUGCAAUACUAAUUUGAAAAGUAAUCAAACUGCUGUUAUCUGAUUAGACGCAGAGAUUCCACUGAAACAUGAUUUCAUCUACUAUCAGUGCCAGUGUGAGCCAUGCUAGGGGCCACCCUCCCUAAAUAUCCCACCUUCUCUCCCUUACUUCCUCCCUCCGCAGCCAAGGUCACUCACAGAUCUGUCUAAAACAACCUUUCACACACACAUCUUACCGUCAACACUGUUUGACAAACACAUGGUAUGGUUUCAGGCAAUCCUGCAAAGACUGAAGACAUAUUGAAUUCUCCUGCCAAAUAAUUAAAUCCAACAUUAUGCUCCUACUCUUGCUUCUAGUCCUUAUGUCACACAGUUUGUUUAUCUAUGGUUUUCUUAUCUAACAUGGAUAUAAUAGAAAGCAAUGAUAUUAGGUUUGACCUUUCCAAAUGAAGCCCUUUCCUUCUAGGUUCAGCCAAAGUAAAGUUAGUGUCGUCCAAGGAGGCUUCUGUUGCUAGGUUAAUAAACAAAACAGGGCUUUUUCUUUGCUAGCGACUGGUUACACCUGAGAAUGUUUAGCAUUACUCAAUGAUGGAAUUAAUGAGUUGCUUACUUGAUAAAAUAAAUGUUAAAAUGCAGAA